ACUCAAGAUACAGAGCUAGCUCCUCGCUACCUCACCAGUCUCCACUCUUUUCUGUACCAUCUAAGUUGCUCAGGCACGCUUGAACCCAGCCAUGGCAAGCCGAGCGCUCACUCCCUUCCAGCUCACCGCCACCCUCUUGGUGGCGCUCCUCGCCACAUGCCACGCCGGCAGCAUCGCCGUGUACUGGGGCCAGAACGACGGCGAGGCGUCGCUGGCCGAGACGUGCGCGUCCGGAAACUACGAGUUCAUCAUCCUCGCUUUCCUCCCCAAGUUCGGCAAGGGCCAGACGCCGGAGCUGAACCUUGCCAGCCACUGCGACCCUUCUUCGGGUGGUUGUAGAAGCCAGAGCAAGGACAUCAAAGCGUGCCAGCGACGCGGCGUCAAAGUCCUGCUCUCCAUCGGCGGUGGCGACGGGAGCUACGGCCUCUCGUCCCCCGGCGACGCCCGGCAGGUUGCCAUGUACCUUUGGAACAACUAUCUCGGUGGCGCGUCGUCGUCCGGUCCCCUCGGCAACGUCGCGCUUGACGGCAUCGACUUCGACAUCGAGCUUGGCAGUGCCAAGUUCUGGAACAACCUCGCCAGGGACCUCAAGGAUUUGGGCAAAAACGGCGGCAAGACGGUGCUCCUGAGCGCGGCGCCGCAGUGCCCGUUCCCCGAUGAGUGGGACGGCGGUGCGAUCAACACAGGGCUAUUCGACUUUGUUUGGGUGCAGUUUUACAACAACGAGGAAUGUCAGUUCAGUGCGGGGCGUAAGGCAUUCAUGGACGCGUGGAAGAAAUGGGAGUCGGUGCCGGCGGGGAAGAUCUUCCUGGGGCUUCCAGCCUCCAAGGACGCGGCGGGCACAGGGUUCGUCCCUGCCAGCGAGCUCACCUCGCGUGUGUUGCCGCUCAUCAAGGGCUCUCCGAAGUACGGUGGUGUCAUGCUGUGGUCUAAGUUCUAUGACGACCGUACGGGCUACAGCUCCGCCAUCAAAAGCGACGUGUGAUUCUCGUGGCUAUAUGUGUUCAUCCCGGCGAUAUUGCAUGUGGGCGUUUUGUGUACUAUGUUGUUUGCCCUUUUCAUGUUUGUGGUUGUAUUUUUUUAUGUGCAUAUUCUUUGUUGAUGUCUCGGAAUUGUUACUGGAGAGCCCAGUGUAGUUGGCACUAGAUGGUAGCAGUGUGUACAAGCAUUUCAGCACAAUAAACAUCACGCAACA